AUGUUCUUGUUUGGAAGACAUAAGAAUAGUGAAAUAAAUAUCAGCUUCAAAUUUUCUUUUUCAGAAACUAUAAUUCACUUUCCAGAAGUCAAAGAUGGCAAAUGUUUCUUUCCAUUCCACUACAAAAAUGAAAUAUUCUAUGACUGCAUCAAGUUCAGGACGAAACACAAGUGGUGUUCCCUAAAUGAGACUUACCAAGGAUAUUGGAAAUACUGCUCUGAAGAUGACUUUGCAAAAUGCGUGUUUCCCUUCUGGUACAGACACAUGAUCUACCGGGAAUGUACUGAAGAUGGGGACGCUUUUGGGAAAAAGUGGUGUUCGCUGACCCAGCAUUAUAACAAAGACAAGAUUUGGAAAUACUGUGACUGA